AUGUAUGAAUAUUAUGUUGCAACUGCCUUCUAUCAUGCCAUGUUGAACAAUUUCGCCAGUGAAACAUCAUCAAGAAUGAAUGCCAUGGAGAAUGCCUCUAAAAAUGCUGGUGAAAUGCUUGACAAAUUGACACUUGAAUACAAUAAGGUCAGACAAGCUAAGAUCACAGUUGAGUUAUGUGAAAUCAUUUCAGGAGCCUCAGCCGUCUGAUAUUAAAUCAUAAUAUAGAACAUUUAUAUAU